UAUGGAGAAAUGGACUCAGUGUGUCGAAGAUGCAACAACUUUAUCUCAGUUGCACCUUCUGUUGGAGAUACURGACACUGCCGUACUAUGGGACAAGUCCGCUGAGGGUGCCAGAUGCAGAAUCUGUCGCAAGAAAGGUAACGARGAUGAYGUCCUGUUGCUCUGUGAUGAAUGCAAUCUUGGUUUUCACUUGUUUUGUCUACGACCUGCAUUGACAAAAAUCCCUAAGGGGGAGUGGAAGUGUAUGUCUUGUCGGCCUGUGAGUACAGCAAGAUCAGCAAGAUGUGAUAAAGUUCUGGAUGAAUCUUUUAUUUCUUACGAAUCUCAGGUAUUUAUACAAGUCAUUCUCAGGGUUGGCCCGGGCAAAUUCUAG